CAAAAGAAUGUUUACAUUCUCAACAUGUCUUCAUUUAUCUAUUUUCACAACAAAACAAAAAGCGAUUGGAACAAAAGUUUCCUGCAAUAAACGUAGAAGUUGAACGAGAACAGUUGCAGCUUGGUUGUAGUUCAUUUGUAGUCAGGACUGUAGUAUCCUUAGAAGAUGGAGCACACGGAAAUCAAGGAAGAAGAAACAUUUUCCAUCAGUUCCAGUAACAUCUGCCGUAUUUGUCUGAUUGAGGGAUCAACAUACUUCAACGUAUUCGCUGAAGACUACACCGGUCCGGAGAUCAUUGACACCGUAAGAAAUCUCAUUGGGAUUAGCAUCUCACCUCUUGACAACUGGCCAAAGAAUUUCUGCAUCAGCUGCAUAGAGACUAUCCAGAAGUUCCAGUCACUACUAACUAAAGUCCAGCAAAAUGAAGGUCGUUUAAUUGAUGCUUUUGGUGCGUAUCAGUUGCAUGAUGAUGAGCAGAAGUCUGAUAUCACCUUCACUGCCAUCCCAACUAAUCCGGAAUUCAUUUCAACGGAAGUUAAGGAAGAAUGUUCACCAAUAGAUCCAAUAGAAGGAGGCUUCAGUGAUACGUGUGAAGAUACGUUGGAUGUUAAGGAUGAUCCACCUGUUGCUAAGCCCAAGAAACGAGGAAGGAAACCACGGAAGCUCCUCGAAAACCCUUCAAAUGUACCUGCAAAGAAGACUGAGAAAGUCAAACAACCAACAGAUAAGGCUACUGAUGAUAGGAUCAGUGCAGCUGUUCAGGAAUUCUACAAAAUGGACUGUAUCCUGUGCAAUAUCCCCUUUCCAACUUUCGCAGAUGUUCAAGCUCACUUCCGCAAUGAGCAUAACGGUCGUGGGUACAUUGUGUGCUGUGGUAAGAAGCUAAAUUCCCCCAAGAAGCUCCAGGAUCACAUGAAUAAUCACAUAAACCCAGUCAGGCAUCAAUGCAGCGAAUGCUUAAAGUUCUACAAGACUGAAUAUAGCUUAAUAACGCAUAAAAGGUUGCAGCAUACGCCCAUUGAGGAGCGUCAAUACUGCUGCGAUAAAUGCCCCAAACGUUUUGCCCUCGUUGGAGCUCUCACGGCCCACAUGCUCGUCCACAUUGCCCCAGAACAGAAGAAGCAUAUUUGCGAAACAUGCGGACAAGCAUUUGCCCUAAAAACCAUCCUUGUGCAGCAUGUACGUCGUGUGCAUGAGAAUGCUUGCGUGUCCGUUUGCGAUAUUUGCGCCAAAGUUUUUCGCACAAAGAGUCUCUUCGAGAAGCACGUACUGGAGCAUAGUACAAUGAUAAAGCCCACAAUCCCAUGUACAGUGUGUGGGAAAAUGUUUAAACAUCGUAUAGCCAUGAGGAAGCAUAUGCGUCGUCAUAAUACAUCAGGCUCCUUAGCGUGUUCCUUCUGCACCCAUGUAUCGGCAAAUCAACAAGCACUGAGUGAGCAUAUAAAGUACAAUCAUACAAAACGGAAAACAUUCCAAUGUAGCUUGUGUGAAGGAAUUUUCCGCAGUCGGGUGUCCCUGAAGGAGCAUAUGGCCUCCCACACUGGGCAAGUACUCUAUGAAUGUCGCUACUGCUCUAAGCAAUUCAACAGCAAUGCCAACUACUUCCGGCACAUAAAGGUGUCGCAUCCGGUUGAGUGGGAGGCGGAAAAGCAGAAGAAAAUGGCAAAAGAUGUUUUUGUUAAGCCUGAAACAAAGUCAGAAUAAAUCUUUAAG